AUGAACGAAUCCGCAUCCACGGCGACGGCCCCUGCCGCCGCCGCAGCAGCAGCAGUGUCGUGCUCCUCGCUCGGCCACACACACAGCGACAGCUACCCGUUCACGCUCUCGAAAAACUCCACCCUCAAGGACUACCUUGCCGCGAACAGACGCAACAUGGACAAGCUGAAGGCGGAGCACCCGGCGGUGAUGCCUCUCUCCGGAAAGGGCCAGCAGCCGCACACGCUCUGGAUCGGCUGCGGCGACUCGAGAAUCAACGAGUGCACGGCGCUCGGGUGUCUGCCCGGCGAAGUGUUCACGCUCAGAAACAUCGCCAACGUGAUCAACAACUCGGACGUGUCGUCCAUGUCCGCCAUCCAGUUCGCCAUCGAGGUGCUCAAGGUGAGCAAGGUGAUUGUGUGCGGCCACACGGACUGCGGAGGCGUCUGGGCCUCUCUCUCCAACAAGAAGGCCGGCGGCGCCCUCGACCAGUGGUUGAGCUCCGUCAGACACGUGCGGGCCCAGCACCUCGACGAGUUGAAGGCCAUCGACGACAUCAACGACCGCUGCAAGCGUCUUGUGGAGCUCAACGUCCUCAACUCCGUCAACACCAUCCAGAAAAACUCCUCCUACGUCGAGGCCCACGCACGCGGCGACGUCGAGCUCUACGCCCUCGUCUACGACGUCGAGUCCGGCUACCUCAGAGAACUGCCCCUCGACCACCACGACGACUACUCCGAAGUGUUUCGUCUGCACGAAAACUCCGACGCACCCGUCCACUAG